AUGAGCGUGCUCUCAGCUGGUCUGCGCUCGCCACCCACUCCCAGAUCAGAGGCCGCUCCAUCUCCACGCCCAAAGUUCGACGGCGAACAGCUUAAACCGUAUAUUAGGCAGCUUCUCGUGUCUACGCUCCAGAACGUGACUUGGGUCGAAGCAAAGGAUCGGACAAAUGGCAGUAGACUGAUAAAGGAAAUUGGAGGACGGGUGAAGGAACGGAUGUUGCAGAUCGAACCACGAAAUUUCAAGUAUAUCGUGCUAACGCAGAUAAACGAGAAUGUGGGACAAGGUGGAAGAGCAGAUAUGGCAUGUCACUGGGAAGACUCGGAUGCCGUUGUCCAAGAAGUCUACAUCAACGACUCGCUGAUAUGUAUCUGUAUCGCUUUCGCUGUGCGAACAGUAUGA